CUUAAAGAACUUUCUCGUCUGCUUCCGUUCCGUCCUAUUUAUAUGCUUUGGAAAGCUUAAAGAGUUAUCAUCCAAAGCCGUUGCUGAUUCUUUUUCAGCAUUUUUAGAGGAAAAUCUUUACUUAUCGGAGUUUCCUUUUGUUUUUGUUAAAGUUCAUAACCUAAAAGCUCAGAUAAGAGAAGAGAGAGAGAGAGAGAGAGAGAGAGAGAAACGAAUGGAGACACGAAACUUUGUUGUUACUUUUUUAAGAGUGUUGCUGGUCUUGAUGGCGACGAUGGAAACGACAGCUCUUUAUGGUGUUAAACUGAAGAAGAAGGAACACCGGAACGCUUAUGCGACGAUGAUGUACAUGGGGACGCCGAGAGAUUACGAGUUCUACGUUGCGACGCGUGUAUUGAUCAAAUCCCUUGUCAGUCUCCAAGUAGACGCUGAUCUCAUCGUCAUUGCCUCCCUCGACGUUCCCCUCCGGUGGAUUCGUGCUUUGUCGUGUUUUGUGCGGCACAGGGAAGAGGAAGAUGGAGCAAAGGUGGUGAGGGUGGAGAACAUUAAUAAUCCUUACACAGGUCAACAAAAGAGAUUCAAGUUGACACUGAAUAAACUAUAUGCUUGGAGUUUGGUGGACUAUGAGAGAGUGGUCAUGCUGGACGCCGACAAUCUUUUCCUGCAGAAAACUGAUGAAUUGUUCCAAUGUGGACAGUUUUGUGCCGUCUUUAUCAACCCCUGUAUCUUCCAUACUGGCCUCUUUGUGUUGCAGCCAUCAGGGGAGGUAUUCAAAGAUAUGAUUCACUCACUGGAAACUGGUAAAGAAAACCCUGACGGUGCGGACCAGGGAUUUAUUGGUGCCUACUUCCCCGACUUGCUCGACCAGCCGAUGUUUCACCCACCUUUAAAUGGCUCCAACCUCGAUGGACAAUACAGACUUCCUCUGGGAUACCAAAUGGAUGCUUCUUAUUACUAUCUUAGACUUCGCUGGAGAGUACCUUGUGGACCUAACAGUGUGAUCACUUUCCCUGGUGCACUAUGGUUGAAGCCAUGGUACUGGUGGUCUUGGCCUGUCUUGCCUUUGGGCAUUCAAUGGCAUGAAAAUCGUCGUCAAACUCUAGGCUAUGCAGCUGAGAUGCCUAUUGUGAUAAUCCAAUCGAUUAUCUUCCUUGGAAUAAUAGUGAUGACACAUCUAGCACGUCCCACCAUCCCCAAACUAUGCUACCGGAACUCAGACAAAACCACAGCCUUGAUCCAAACUGCCAUAAAGUUCAUAGCAAUCUGGUCAAUUCUCGCGGCAAAUGUAGUUCCCUUCGCCAUUAUUCCUCGCACAAUUCAUCCACUAGUAGGCUGGGCACUGUAUUUCCUCGGUUCCAUUGCUCUGUCAUCUAUAGCAAUCAAUUCAUUCAUGCUGCCUGCCAUUCAAGUUUUCGUGCCAUUGAUUGGGAUCUUCGGUUCUCUUCUGGUCAUGGCAUAUCCAUGGUACCCUAAUGGAGUUGUGAGAGCUUUAGCAGUUUUCGGCUAUGCGUGUUGUUAUGCUCCUAUUGCUUGGGGUUCAGUGCUUAAGGUGUUGGCACGUCUUCAUGUCUCACUUGAAAGGGAACAGUUCUUCCCCAAAUUGGCUGAAUCUUCACCACCUUCCGGCAUCAACAAAUUGUGCUGAAACUGGUUAUACAGUGCAAUGAAACAAUGACUUCAACUAGACUGUUUUU